AUGACCCAUCCAAAACCAACAAUCCUCCCCUCAACCUACACACAAAGAACACCACCAGAAACAUUUCCAACCUCAAAUCACGGCGAUAUAUACUGGCACACCUUGAUUUCAUCCCCCAAAACAGACUCCACAGACCUCUGUGCAGGAAUAGCAACAUGUCCGCCAGCGUCGGGCCACUUGUGCGCGCACCGCCACAUGCAGUCUGAGAUAUACCAUAUCCUCGAAGGCGAUGGCGAGGUGACGAUUGAUGGGGUCUCAAGUAGGGUGCAAGCUGGGAGUACAGUUUUUAUUCCUUCGGAUGCUGAGCAUGGGAUUGUGAAUACUGGGACUGUGGACUUGAGGUGGUUGUAUGUUUUUCCUACGGGGAGUUUUGAGGAUAUUGUUUAUCGGUUUACGGGACAAGAGGCGGAAGGGAAGGGAAUGGAGAAGGCGAAGUUGUGA